UGAAACUCCAUUUCACGUCCUCGUUCCGUUGCUUUUUAUAUUGAACAGAGAUCAAGCGGAGCACACCUGCAGGUUUUAUUGAAAUUGAACAUAUAAAAAAGAAAAUACAAAUUAAAUAAGUAGUGUUCAGGGGGAGUUUAAUCAAGACAGUUUUACGCAGUUACCUGUCAUGGCUGGAAUUUCCAUUGCAGGGACUGGUUUGCUGUUACUGUUUAUGUUAAUGGUUUUGGAAAGUCAUGUGAAUGCAGAAUGGAUUGUUCCACCGAUUAAAAUUAGAGAAAAUGAAGAUUAUUCCAGCAAAAACCCAAUUGCCAAAAUUCGAUCUGAUGCAAGAGGUGUAGCUAGAUACAAACUUGUUGGUGAAGGAGCUGAUCAGAGACCUUAUGGCCUGUUUAUUAUUAAUCCAGACACUGGUGACAUUAGCAUCACAUCAGUUGUUGACAGAGAAGAAAAGUCUAUCUACAUACUGAAAGGACGCGCUUAUAACUCUGCAGGACAACAAGUGGAAGGUGAUAUUGAGCUGAAGAUUAAAAUUGAAGAUGUUAAUGAUAACAACCCCAGGUUCUCCCAGAAAACAUUUGCUGGGAGCAUUUAUGAACUGAGCGAGAUAGAUACUUUUGUAAUGCAAAUAAAUGCAACUGAUGCGGAUGAGGCGAACUCCAAAAAUUCACUCAUGGCUUACGAAAUACUUGAACAAAGCCCUGGAAAUAUGUUUUAUGUUGAAAGGUACACUGGCAGAAUUAUGGUAGCAGCUUCUAACCUUGAUAGAGAGACACAUUCAAAGUAUUCUCUUAUAGUACAAGCCAAAGAUUUGAAUGGAGAAAUGGGGGGUCUGGCUAGCACAGUACCACUUGAAAUUACAAUUGCAGAUGUCAAUGAUAAUGUUCCAACACUGGAGAGGGAGUCUUAUGAAGGUACUUUUUUUGAAAAUACAAAAGGCGUGGAAGUAAUGAGAUUGAAAGCCCUUGAUGCAGAUGAAGUAUUUUCAGACAACUGGCUUGCCCAGUUUGAAAUUGAGUCUGGCAAUGAAGGAGGUUACUUCAGGAUUGAGACUGAUGCUAAGACUAAUGAAGGGAUUUUGAUUCUACAAAAGGAGGUUGACUAUGAAGAACUACAGAACCUUGCCCUUGGAGUUGUUGUCAGAAACAAAGCAGCUUUCCAUAGUUCUGUUGUAGGCAGCAGCACUAGUAUUAACAUUGGAAUGGGAGGAGGAGGAGGAGGAGGAGGAGGAGGAGGAGGAGGAGGAGGAGGUGGUGGUGGUGGUGGUGGUGGUGGUGGUGGUGGAGGAGGAGGAGGAGGAGGAGGAGGAGGAGGAGGAGGAGGAGGUAGUUUUGGAGCAACUGGAGGAUCCUACUCCUCCUCAUCAUCAUCAUCAUCAUCAUCAUCAUUUUACACUCUAAAAAAAUUUCCAGUUAAACUCAAUGUGCAAAAUGUGCCUGAAGGACCUAAGUUUUCCCCAAAGGUAAAGGCAAUUCCCAUUUCUGAGGAGUCGUCAAAAGUGGAUCUUUCAAAAGUAAUUGCAAAGUAUCCAGCCAUUGAUGCAGACACUGGAAAAAUUGCUGAAAACGUCAAGUAUGUAAAGAAAUAUGAUCCUGAUAAUUGGCUGAUAAUUGAUCCGAAGACUGGAGAUAUUAAACUUGCAAAAGUACCAGACCGUGAAUCAAAAUUUUUGGUUAAUGGCACAUACACUGCAGAAAUAUUGGUCAUUUCAGAUGAUUUACCUGCAAAAACCUCCACUGGUACUGUUGCUAUCCAGGUAGAAGACUUCAAUGAUCACUGUCCAACUCUUACAAGUACCUCUACAGACAUGUGUUCCGAUGACAAAUCGGUGAUAGUCACAGCUGUAGAUAAUGACGCGGAUCCCAAUAGUGUUCCCUUUAAAUACCAGAUUGUUGAUGAACCUGUGGGUACAGCGCAGAACUGGAAAGUUGAACAUCUCAAUGGAACUAGCAUGCUGCUGAGACCCACAAAAACCAUUUGGCCUGGUCAAUAUGGUGUAACCCUUUUAAUAUAUGAUCAGCAGGGGAAAUCCUGUAGUGACAAGCAGGUUCUAAAUAUUGCCGUCUGCACUUGUAAAAAUACUGGAUCCUGUGCAACAGAUUCUGACAGAGUUCAAUCAAUUGGAGCUAGACUUGGACCUGCUGCUAUUGGCCUGAUGAUUCUAGGACUCUUACUGCUGCUACUUGUGCCUCUUCUGCUUCUAUUUUGUUCAUGUGGGGCUGGAGCGACAGGUGAUUUUGUCCCAAUUACUGAUGGCUCAGCAGGACAUUUGAUUCCAUAUGACACAGAAAAAAUGGGUGAAGAUAAGGCAGUUCCAACUGUUGUUCCAUCAAUGGACAUUUUAAAUAAUGGUGGAGGGGUCAAUGGCAUCAGGACAUCAGGAUUUGGAGAACACGCUAUGUACAGAAACAACAGCAGAUGUGUGGCUUCUCCUGGAGCAUUUGCAAUGGCAACAAGACCAGUGGCAGCUGAAUAUGACUUGGUGGGACCAGGAUAUGGGUGUGGUUAUGAAGCAGAAUGGGGUCACUCCAAUGGAGGCAGUGGAGAUGCCUUUGAGGGUGUAGCUCUACCCGAGGCUUACUUGGAACAGUACUAUAUGGAGAAGGCUAAAUAUGUUUCAGAUGAAGGACAUCCACAAAAAGAUGCCGCCUUGGUGUAUAAUUAUGAAGGCCAAGAGUCCCCUGUGGGUUCGUUAGGAUCUUGUAGCUUUAUUGAAGGAGAUAUGGACCAAAGCUUCCUAAAUGAACUAGGACCAAAGUUUAAGACUCUUGCCGAAAUAUGCAUGGGCUCAGAGAUAACUUCAGGAAUUUCAGUUGAGCAGCCUAGUGUUACUGUGCAACACCCCCCCGCGUCCGUUAACCCAGUCAUCAGCAAUAAUCGUGUGGUGACCAACAAAACUGUUGAGAUGACCAGCCCAGUUCCAGCACCCCAGGUCCAAAAGAAUGUGGUUGUUAAAGAAAACAUGUCUCCUCCUCAGCCAACCGUGUAUCUCCAGAAAAAUGUAGUUGUUUCUGACCCUGCCUACAUUCAACAGCCUGUAUACUAUGCUACUAACCCAAUCAUUCAGACCACUCGAUACAUUGUUGAGCCACAGAUCCAAAGGAAUGUCAUGAUAGAAAGGUCUUCUGUCCCUGGCCUGCAAGGUCACAUUCUAAUGAGUGACAUUCCAAACACUCAGAAUGUGAUGGUGACCCAGAAGAGAUUGGUGCAUGGCUCGGACAUUCAGGGUGGCAUGGUGGUGGGGUUAGAUCAGGGUACUCUGCAUAGGAGUGAAAUGCCAAGCUCACAGAAUGUGGUGCUGCUAGACAAUAGAGGUUUUGAUCAGGGAAGCAUGCGCUUGAGUGAACCUGUCUCUCAGAAUGUGGUGUUAACAGAGAAGAGAGUGGUGUCUGGACAUAAUAUGCAGGGUGGCACGAUGGGGUACGAACUAGGCAGCUUGCACAGGAAUGUAAUGCCUGGUUCACAGAAUGUAACGGUAACAGAGAAGACAGUGGUAUCUGAUUCCAGUAUGCAGGGUGGAAAGAUGGGGUUUGGUCAGGGUAGUCUGCACAUGAGUGAAAUGCCAGGCUCACAGAAUGUGACGGUAACAGAGAAAAGAGUAGUAUCUGGAAGUAGUGUGCAGGGUGGUUUAAUAGGAUGAAAUAACAUGUACUUGGCAUAUAUAAAGACUUGUUUAACAAACACGUGUGAGUGAGGACAGAACAAAGAUUAAGCCCACAACUAGAUAGAACAUUUUAGAAUGGAGUGGUUGCAAGUCCUUUACAUUUUAAUUAAAUAUUAUAGGAUGCCUUAUCUAAAUCAAGGAAAUCCAAGGUUUAUGCCAGGAUUCUGGAAAUUUGUCUUAAAUGAAUACAGGAAUUGAUUUUUAAUUGUCAAGGACUGUUAUGUAAAAUACAAUCUAUAUUGAUAAAGAAAUGCUUGUGUGCUGUAUGUAUAUAUAAUUUUGUUUUUUUAAAUUUUAAUCUAAACAGUAGCAUAGAUUAAAUUGUUCGGUUUAAAGGCUUGGGGCUUGGUAUAUACAUUUUUAAUGAAGAAUGGUUGAUAAUUUUAGCUUACAGGUUGAAUCAGUUGUGCUAUAUGUGCCUCUUUAAACACUAUUGGGGUUGUAUACGCUUUGUGCAUCUCAUCAUUGCUUUUUAAAAGACUUUUGAAUACAAGGUUGUGGUUCUAGAAGUGGGUGAGUAUUUCCAAGAAUGUAACACAGUUUGUAAUUUCAUAAGCAGGUAUUGGUGGUGUUGGGUUAUCAGAGAAAGGAAAAUGAUUAAUGAAUUAAGUCGGGAGUUUCCAAAGGUGGGCCACAGGAGCAACAACGGUCUAUGCAUUUUUAUAUGCAAAAUAACAAAGGGCAACAGUAAAAUAAGAUUAAAAUAAAAUAACAAUUUAGCUUGUGAUUAUUUACAGUGUUACAGGUUUAAUAUCUUGUAAUCUGUAAUUUUUCUUAAGUGCUAAUAGUGGGCCACAGUGCCUAAUGCGGCUGAACAGGUGGGCCUCAGGUAAAGUUUGGGAACCCCUGAAUUAAGUGAUGCCAACAACACACACACACAUAUAUAUAUAUAUAUAUAUUGGUAAAGGAUUGCCCUUUUAUUGUAAUUUAGAAUAUAUUUGUUCAAGGUAGAUUCACUGGAAUAGACAAUAUUUGUAUGUAUGCUUUUUAAGAAGGUGGUUGUUUUUUCUAUAGCUUUUUCAAUGGUCUCUUUUUAAUCUCCUUUUUUUAUGUAUUAAGCAUCUGCUAGGGGAGUGUUUUGUAAAUAUGCUAUUGCACUUUCAACUCCUUAAAUUUCAUUUGUAUUAGACUGUUAUAUUCAUAAAGUGCUUUGCCUUGGUGUUUGGUUAACAUUGUGUUUUGUAGUUGUGAAAAGGCUAACAUUUACUGGAUGCAGUAUGUGUGUGUUUGCUUUCUUUUGCAUGUGUAUUCAAUUAAUACAAGAAAGAAACAUUUUCAAUAUCCUUUUUAAAAAGUUAUCCAACUACCUAUUAAACACAUAAAUUGUCUCUCUAUCUAGUGUGUAAAAUAUGCUGUUAAAUAUUUGUUUUAUACCAUCUGUGUGUGUGUUUUUUUUUUUUUUUUUAAAUCUUAUCAUGAAACAUUGUCAUGCAUAUUGAAAGCCAACAUUGGCUGGGUUUACAUGCACAUGAAAAUCGACUCACGAGAUUUCAGCAGUCAAGAUCCCGUUGUUCUGACGUAAUAUCACGUAAUCUCCAGCAGAAAGGCUGUACAAAACACACACACACACACACACCACAAAAUGUAAAUUUAUGGACUACUUUCACACUAGAACCGCCGCGGUAAUACUCAUACCCUACAACUGCCGACAGCAGUCAUUAUCACGGUACAUUUUAAACAUCAUCAGUAUUAAAAUGAAAGACAAACUAUUGGAAAUAAGUCAGAAGUUUUAUUCAACGCUGUAUUUAAAUUAACAAUUAAACAUAAAAGGGUUUAUUUUCUAACUUAAACACAUAUAAAGCACUACUUCAAAAAAUGAAAAACUAUAAUAAAAUAAACAUUUCAAAAGAAACUACUGUGUAAUCAGGUUUAUGUACAUACAAAACUGUAAAAACAAAAGUAGUUACUAAUCUAAAAUGAAAGUAACAUAUGAUUUCUCUUGCGUGUUUGUCACUUGCAGCACAAAAUCCAGGCUGUGCUGCUGCAACUUUGCAGUUUACUGAUGUUUCUGCUGAAGCACUGUGGCUAGCUUCAAGAUUAAAAACUUUUAGAUGUUCCAGAAACACACACACACACAAAUAUAAAUUCUAAGUAGUAAAACUUGUACUUAGUAGGUUAUAUUUUAUAUAAGUGUGUGUGUGUGUUGGAAAAGUUACCAGACAAACAAGUAGCUAAUGUGCAACGUAAUUCAGAAUGUGCGCGACAACACGUGAAUUAAUUUUUCUUGUUAAAAGUUUUUAUCUUCAUGGCAACACAUGAAGCUCUCCUCAUGAUAUUCAGAGUCGUUCUUUUCCUAGUUAGUAAGCAGACACAUACAUUUAAAUAUCCCCUCCCCUAAAUGACUAUGAAUUGAGUAAUCUGCAUUGGUACUGCUGAUUUCUUUUCCAAAAUCAGAACUGCAUAGUAACACAUCUCCUGAAAAGUACAGCAAACACGUUGUGAGGAAAACUGUCAUGACUUGUGCAUGUAAACGCUGCCAUAGUAAUACAGUUUGUAUAUUGUGUAAUAUGUCUGUUCUUUUGUUCUAGUCUAUCAGUCAAUAAAAAAUAUUUAAUUUUAACAA